AUGCCCGCUGUCCAUGAGGAUCUGGCCUCCGCGGUAUUCCCUACCGACACGGACUUUUCCCCGGAGAUCUUUCCUCGCCAGGUUACCCUGAGGGAUCGUGUCACCGUCGCGACCCUGGUGCCCAUCUCGCCAUGUGACGACAUCCCCCGGUCCCUGCUGGCCUACCUAUCCGACCAACUGAACAAGGAAAUCGAGAAAGGCGACACCUAUGCCAUGAUCGAUGCCAUCCCCUUGAGUCAGUUCCAAUCCUAUUGGUUCUCCAACUUCGGUGCCAUCAUGCUGCUGGGCGACUUCAAGAGCGUCCUGGACAUCCAGGCCAUGGAUCGAGCCGGCGCCAAUUGGACCAAGAUCUGCCUGGGGAGUUUCAACGUGAGACCCAAUUACCCCGGCCGCAGUAGUCAUGUAUGCAAUGGCAUGUUCCUGGUGACCGAUGCGGCCCGAAAUCGAGGUGUGGGUAGAUUGAUGGGUGAAGGGUAUUUGGACUGGGCCCCGAGAUUGGGUUAUACGUACGCGGUCUUCAACCUGGUCUACGAGAGCAACGUUGCUUCUUGUCGUAUCUGGGAUGCUCUAGGGUUCAAGAGAAUCGGCAAAGUUCCGGGAGGAGGCCGACUUCUAUCAAAUCCGGGGCAAUAUGUCGACGCGAUCAUCUACGGGCGGGAUCUUGGUCCCGAGGGAGAAGAUUCCGUCACGCAAGAUCGCUUCGACAAGAUCCGAUAUUAUUUGAAACACUCUAAAUACCCCAGAGGAGCUGAUCGCGCCGAGAAGAGUCGGCUGCGGAGUGCAGCAACGCAUUACAAGCUGAUCGGAGGCAAUGAUGGGGAUAACGAGAAAUUGAUGUUGAAAGACAAGGAGGUGGUGUCAGACCCUCAGCAGCAAUAUGAAAUCGCGCGAGAUAUGCACGUUCAGCAGCAUGCGGGAAUCAACAAGACCACUGCGGCCAUCGCCGUGAAAUAUCAUUGGGUCAGGAUCAAGGAAACCGUCAGUCGAGUCAUCAGAGAUUGUCCCCAGUGCAAGGAGACGCUCAAGUCACCUUUGGCCAACGGCCUUUUCCGGACGGAAGACCAACUGGACAAUGAUGAUCAGCCCGGCACUCACGAGAGUGACAUGAGCAACGACAACGACAUGGAUCAAGAGGGCCUGAGCCACGACAUCGAGCACGACAUCAACCAUGACAUCAGUCAUGACUUAAACCACGAGAUAAGCCAUAGUAUGAAUCAUGACUUGAGCCAUGAGAGUGACAUGAACCACGCCGGCGAUCUGAACCAUGACGCCGACCUGAAUCUGGCGUCCAGCGCAGCCAUGAGCACCAAUCCGCUAUUGGACCAUAGCUCGCUGGACGUUCACCAGGGUCACAAUUCAUUAUUCACCCCCCAUCCGUCCGUCGUGCAAGGGUCUUUGGAUGCCAUCGGCGACUACACGACCAUACCUCUGGACCCUCAAAUCAUUGACAUUCAUCAUCAACUCCCUCGAUUCCAGCCCCACGAUGCCAUGGCCGACCCAUAUGCACAUGAUACUCAUGGAUUGUCAAGUACAAACUUCGACGACGACGUACGACAUCAUGCAGCCCAUGAUUACCAUAUGAUGGUAGAUGAUACAACGGACCCGGGAGGGACGCUGCAUCAGGACGCGCUGGGGCUGGUGCAUUCGCAAGCCAGCGACGUACAUCACGAGCAAAUACUAGCCAAAUAUCAAUAUGUCGGACCGACAGAUGAUGAUUUGGACUUUACAUAG